UCGGUGAAAUUCCUCAAUUUUCUUCACAAACCCUAAUUUGGAUUAACAAAAAAUAGGAAUUCUACAGAUUCCAUUGUAGUUUUGACGAAAUCGAAGAAUAUUGCUCAAAUGGUGCUCCAUAUUUAUUGAAAAACAUCCAAGUUUCCUUUGAAUUUCUUCGUGUUGGUUUGCUCUUAUCUCUCUUUAAAUUCGGAAUUCCAGGUCUGAUGUUGGCCUAAUCAGUUUUAUACGAUGUUCGAAUGCGGUUACAAGUCACAGUACAUUGGAGGCCAGAAGGAGAAGUUCGUAAGGUUGGAUGAUUUGGAAUCCACGGUCUCGCUGCCUUCUCAUCACAGCGGUGGAAUGAAGGGCUAUGGAUUCAGUCUCGGCAGUCUAUUUCAUCAAGGGCGUUCACGAAACAACCCAUCAAAAUCUUUCCGCGUCGGAGUCAAGAGAGGAUCUGACGGAAUCAAAGCCUUUGGAAAGUCCCUCAGGUUUGGGGUCACCCGAGCUGUUUUCCCAGAAGAUCUCAAAGUAUCCGAGAAAAAGAUCUUCGACCCACAGGACAAAUCCCUCCAGUUAUGGAACAAGCUCUUUGUCAUUUCAUGUAUCUUAGCAGUUUCGGUUGAUCCUUUGUUCUUCUACCUUCCCGUGUUCAAUACAUCUAAUUGCCUCGGCAUAGAUAAGAAACUAGCAGCUCUGACUACAACCGUGAGGACAAUCCUCGAUGCUUUCUUCCUAAUUCGUAUGGGCUUCCAGUUCAAAACAGCUUAUAUUGCACCUUCUUCGCGAGUUUUCGGUCGGGGUGAGCUCGUGAUAGAUCCCGCUCAGAUAGCAAUGCGAUAUUUAACACGUUACUUCAUCAUUGAUCUUCUCUCUGUCAUACCUGCUCCUCAGAUUGUGGUUUGGAAGUUCUUAAAGAGAUCAAAAGGCUCGGAGGUCUUAAAUACGAAGCAGCAGCUCUUGAAUCUAGUCUUUGCUCAGUAUAUCCCGAGAUUCGCUCGUUUCAUACCUUUGACUUCAGAGGUGAAGAAGACAGCGGGCGUCUUCGCUGAAAGUGCUUGGGCUGGAGCGGCAUACUAUCUCCUUUGGUACAUGCUUGCAAGCCAUAUCUUCGGAGCUCUUUGGUACCUACUAGCAGUGGAAAGGAAGGAUGAUUGUUGGCAGAGAGCAUGUUUUGAAACGGCGCCAAAAUGCAUUAAAGAAUUUUUGUACUGUGGAAACAAGCAUUUAACUGGAUACGAGGAUUGGAGAAAGAUCAUGGGAGUUGUCCUCAAUGAUAAAUGCUCUGUUUCAGACGAGAUGUCACCGUUCAAUUAUGGGAUAUACACUCAGGCCAUAACUUCCGAUAUAGUUGCCUCGAGAAAAUUUUUCUCAAAAUUCUUCUACUGUCUAUGGUGGGGCUUGCAGAACUUGAGUACACUCGGUCAGGGGCUUCAAACUAGUACCUAUACUGGAGAAGUCCUCUUCUCAAUAGCACUUGCGAUUUCCGGCCUUAUCCUGUUUGCGCUUCUGAUUGGGAAUAUGCAGACUUACCUUCAAUCUCUCACUGUCCGUCUUGAAGAGAUGAGGGUCAAAAGGCGUGAUUCUGAGCAGUGGAUGCAUCAUCGUCUGCUGCCACAAGAACUGAGGGAACGAGUGCGGCGCUAUGAUCAGUACAAAUGGUUGGAAACUCGAGGAGUAGAUGAAGAGAGCUUAGUUCAGAGUCUACCCAAAGAUCUGAGAAGGGACAUCAAACGCCACCUCUGUUUGAAUUUGGUUCGGAGGGUUCCUCUCUUUGCUAAUAUGGAUGAGCGGCUACUUGAUGCCAUUUGCGAGCGCCUAAAGCCAAGUCUAUACACAGAGAGCACUUACAUAGUUCGGGAAGGGGACCCAGUGGACGAGAUGCUCUUCAUCAUUCGAGGACGACUUGAGAGUGUUACCACAGACGGAGGCCGGAGCGGGUUCUUCAACAGAGGGUUGCUUAAGGAAGGUGACUUCUGUGGAGAGGAGCUUCUGACCUGGGCACUCGACCCAAAGGCUGGCUCUAACUUGCCCUCAUCAACCCGUACAGUGAAGGCCCUGACAGAGGUCGAGGCCUUCGCCUUAGAAGCUGAGGAGCUGAAGUUCGUGGCGAGUCAGUUCAGGAGGUUACACAGCAGGCAGGUUCAGCACACUUUCCGAUUCUACUCGCAGCAGUGGAGGACCUGGGCUGCCUGCUUCAUUCAAGCGGCAUGGAGACGGUAUACCAGGAGGAAGAAUGCAGAGCUUCGGCGCAUAGAAGAAGAGGAAGAAGAAGAUUAUGAUUAUUACGAUGAUGAUGACGAGAGGGCAUUAGUCAGCACUGGGAGAGGCAUUAGCCACUCGCCGAGCUUUGGUGCAACUAUACUGGCUUCUCGCUUUGCUGCGAAUGCUCUUCGGGGGCAUAGAAUGCGGAACUUGAAGAGUUCCACAAGCCUCGUGAAACUGCAGAAGCCAUCUGAACCCGAUUUUGACAUUUCUGAGUAGUCGAUCUACAAUUCUACGAAAAUGUGGAAGAGCUGGGGCACACAUGUUACCAGUGAUAUUGUCUGUAGCAGCAGAUUUUUGACAGUGAAACAAAAUAUCGUACUGCAUGUAUAUACCUAUAGAUUUGUUGCUCGGUCGAAA